CUAAAAGAAGGAAACUUUUGAAACCCUUCCCUUCCCUUCUACCUAUCUAUCUAUCUAUAAAAUCAUGUCAUGUCACUCAAAGAGCCCUCCUCUCCAUCUCAUUUCGAAUUAGUCUAAACAGAACAGAACAAACAAACAGAAAAAAAAAUCACUAUCUCACAGUCUCACUCAUUCACUCACAGUCACACACACACUUUACCCUCAAAUCUCAAUCUCACUCUCUCUCUCACCGACUCUUCGAUCUUCGAUUCCCACGCCGACCAAAAACCAUGUCUCUGAGACCGAACGCCAGGACCGAGGUGCGGCGUAACCGCUACAAGGUGGCGGUGGACGCCGAGGAAGGCCGCCGUCGUAGGGAGGACAACAUGGUCGAGAUCCGUAAGAACCGUCGUGAAGAGAGCUUGCAGAAGAAGCGUCGUGAAGGCCUUGUUGCUCCUCAAAUGCCUUCGACUCCAACUUCUGAAAAGAAGUUAGAAAGUCUACCUGCCAUGGUUGGUGGCGUUUGUUCCGAUGACAUGAACUUGCAGCUUGAGGCAACCACUCAGUUCCGAAAGCUGCUUUCGAUUGAGCGCAGUCCUCCGAUUAAUGAAGUUGUACAAUCCGGUGUUGUUCCUCGCUUUGUUGAGUUCCUUGCGAGGGAUGAGUUCCCGCAACUUCAGUUUGAGGCAGCUUGGGCCCUAACAAAUAUUGCUUCUGGGACAUCGGAAAACACCAGGGUUGUAAUUGAUCAUGGAGCCAUCCCGAUAUUUGUCAAACUUCUAGGCUCUCCAGCUGAUGAUGUUCGCGAACAGGCUGUUUGGGCAUUAGGAAAUGUUGCUGGUGAUUCACCUAAAUGCCGUGAUCUUGUCCUUAGUCAUGGGGCCUUAUUGCCGUUGCUGGCACAGUUUAAUGAACAUGCAAAACUUUCUAUGUUGAGAAAUGCGACAUGGACAUUAUCAAACUUCUGUAGGGGCAAGCCACCACCUCCAUUUGAGCAGACAAAGCCUGCAAUCCCAGCUCUUGAGCGUCUUAUACAGUCAAAUGAUGAGGAAGUCCUCACUGAUGCAUGCUGGGCACUAUCAUAUCUUUCAGAUGGUACCAAUGAUAAAAUCCAAGCUGUCAUUGAUGCGGGUGUUUGUCCCAGACUUGUUGAACUUCUACUGCAUCCAUCUCCAACGGUCCUCAUUCCUGCCCUUCGCACAGUUGGAAAUAUUGUCACAGGGGAUGAUAUGCAAACUCAGUGUAUGAUAAAUCAUCAAGCUCUUCCUUGCCUCCUGAACCUGUUGUCACAUAAUCAUAAGAAGAGCAUCAAGAAGGAAGCUUGCUGGACCAUUUCAAACAUCACAGCUGGAAAUGUAAAUCAGAUACAGGCUGUAAUUGAGGCUGGUAUCAUUCCACCCCUUGUCCAACUACUUCAAAUUGCAGAGUUUGAGAUCAAGAAAGAAGCUGCUUGGGCAAUUUCAAAUGCUACUUCUGGUGGCACCCAUGAUCAAAUCAAGUACUUGGUAAGCCAGGGGUGUAUCAAGCCAUUGUGUGAUCUCCUAAUUUGUCCAGACCCAAGAAUUGUCACAGUUUGCUUGGAAGGGCUUGAGAACAUUCUAAAGGUUGGGGAAGCUGAGAAAAAUAUGGGCAAGACAGAUGUAAACUUGAAUGCCCAAUUGAUUGAUGAUGCUGAGGGGAUAGAUAAGAUUGAAAAUCUUCAGAGUCAUGACAACAAUGAGAUAUAUGAAAAGGCAGUGAAGAUUUUAGAGACAUAUUGGGUUGAGGAUGAUGAUGAGCCAUUGCCCCCAGGUGAUGCUCCUCAAUCUAGCUUCAAUUUUGGAGGAAAUGAAGUUCCUGUUCCUUCUGGUGGAUUUAACUUCAGUUGAAGGACUUCCGGUUGGCAGUGGAAUGAAGUUUGGAGUCUAGGUUUGUGACAUUGAAUAUUUUUCAACUUCUGGUGGCUAGGAUAUCUACUUACCCUUUGGUCCUGUUAUGUUCGCGAGUCUGGUGUAGUUGAAGAGAUCACUGAAGUAUGUUUGCUCUCUUACAGUGGUCCAAUAAAAGGGGGUGUGUGUGAUACCAUGAAUUAGGUUAGAUUGUGAAAAUUGUGGAAGUACUAGCAAUCGCCAGAGAAAACCACCCGAACAAUGUAGCAACCCCUGCCUCCAUUUUAUUUCUUUUCCUUUGCUGGUUACUAAAAUGGAAGGGCAAGGCCUGUUUGGUUUUUCCGCUUUAUAGCUCAGAGCGAUAUAAGAAAAAGAUGCUUUAUGUUUUUUAUUUAUUUAUUUUUAUUUUCAAGUGAAGGUCCUGUUUUUAUUUAUCAAAAAGAAAAAGAAAGUGAAGGUCCUGUUUUGAUGGUAAUAGGGGAUCUCAAGAUUUUGUCAUUUUAGUAAGAAAGGUUUCUGUUCUGGAUACCAUGUGUUUGGUGAUGAAAGAUUUUUUGUUGGUUGUAUUAAUGUCAAAAAAGUCAAGGAUUAAUGAAGUUUAUGUUUGGUUA